AUGGAUCCGGUGACGAAAUCACUUUUAACCAAUAAAAUCGGUAAUUUCACUCUGGGGAAAACAAACUGGUUAGAGUUUGAGGCUCGUAUGGAAGAUUGUUUUGAAGAAAAGAAUGUUAUAACCCCCCACUUCAAAAAAGAAGUAAUUCUGGAUGUCAUUGGAGGAAAAACCAUGAGAAUUCUUAAAGGCAUCAUCAAACCACUGGAUAUUCAAGAUGUGGAGGUUGAUUAUGACAUGAUCACUAAAACACUAGAAACAUAUUUCUAUCCAAAUCCAAACAGGUCCUUUUAUAUAACAAAAUUUUUCUUGCGAAAACAAAAGAGGGGGGAAACAUUUUUUCAAUUUGUCUUGAACUUACGUAAGCUGAUGCUCAAAUGUAGUUUCGGAAAGGGUCAACAUAUAAAACUCAGAAAGCAGAUAUUGCAAGGAGUUGUUCCAAGACUCAAAGAAAAAUUCACCAAUAGUUCUUCUAUACCUUUAUCUGAGAUAUUUGAAAUAGGGCUUUUAUGGGAUAAAAAACAAGCUGGUAUAGUUGACCGGCAUCCAAGGAACCAUAAAGCAAGAAAGAAUAAAACUCCCACCUGUUUUAGAUGCAGCAUGAGUAUAAGCAAAGAACAUAGUGGUGAACCCUGUCCAUUCGAAUGGUCAACUUGUUACGGAUGUGGUGUUAGAGGACACCUCUCUAUUGCCUGUAAAUAUAAGGAAUUCAUUUGUCACAAUUGUAAAAAACAAGGACAUGUUGCUAAGUUGUGCAAAGAAAAGAAAACUAAUAACAAAAGUGAAAUUACUUCUACAACUUAA